UCGAAUGCGAAUAGUGAGAAGCUAGCAAGCGACAAUACGCUGUUUGUCUGUAAAUACAUGUUGGGCGGCUUCGCGGAUGUCUAGAGCAGUACGUUUCUUGAUGUGGUGCCAAGUCGACGCUUUAGCGAGAUGAUAGAGAGAUACGGGAUGAUCUGGGUAACCCUGCGGAACUCAAAUGCAACGCAAGGGCAUUGCAGCCUAGAGAUGCAAUAAAGUCAAAGAGUCAAAUUGCGAGCGUCCUUGUGGAUAUGGCAUUCGAGAACAGGCACAUGCUAUGUUGAUGAGAGUGACGACACGGUCGGGAUGGUCAACCGGACACUGGUCCAGAACAAAAUGUAAUAUCUCUACCGCAUCGGUCAUGUCAGAGACACACUUACCUGUUGGGUAUUUAUUAAGUCGCGUUGCCUGCAUAUAUGCAUCGAACAUUCCUAAAUCUAGCAAUGGAAUUAAGUGGUGCACCAUCCUGGUCUAUGCAAGUCCGACCUUCGGCGUGAGAGACGGUUGGACACUACGAAUGGGCGAAAGGGACAGCCUACGACAAGUCGAUAUACAUGCAUGAAUAUGAGGCGAACUACUUACGAAAGAGUUUAUCUCCGUGACC